AUGUUUAAGUUAUUAAUCUGUAUUAUUGUCACGACUUGUUUGCCGUGGAAUUGUGCUGGUAGAAAUGGUAUGACUUGGAAAAAGUAUACACAUUUCGAACUGUUUGGUGUCGAUAUGGUCGGUUGCUUUGGAGCAUCUGGAACUGCACCAGAAGCACCUGACAUGAUAUGUAAUCCAUAUUCAGGAGAUAGAAAUUGUGAUACGUCACUUCCAGUCUUGUGUACCAAAUAUGAUAACAGCCCACGACCAACACUUCCUGUUAUAUGGGACUUUUAUUCUGGUUGGAAUAAAGGACAAAUACGUUUAACAAGUCCAAUCCGAGGCUCAGUAUUUCGAGAUUUGUCAGAAGUAGAUCAGUUUUGUGAAGUUAUAUUUGGUAAUGGAUGGCGUACAGCUACGUUUCAUGAUGGAGGAGGUGGAUGGAAUUAUUAUUCUUAUGGAAAUAUAGCUUCUGAUAAACGAUUCUGGGUACACAUCGGUGAUCAAAAUGCAAACUGUUGGGACCACUGA